AUGUUGGACGACGAGAGAUCACCCAAACGCCGGCGCUCGCCAGACGGCUACAUCGAGACGAAUGGCGAUGGCACUCACUUCGAGCUCGCUGAACGCCCAGCGCCGCUGUCUGGAGAAACAGGUACCCCACGUCAUGACCAGCUGGACGAAGAUCAGUAUGCACACACGUUCUACCGCGGCGAAAGAGACGGAUCAAGGAGCCAUGAGACCUCAACUCCAGCUUCCCAGUCGGUACCGCCUGAAGAGCAGACGUUCACGCCUCCGCCGGAGAAGCCUACGGCGCUGCAUUACAGGCCGAAGUUGAUAAUGAGGGGUCACAAGAGGGCUGUUUCGGCGGUCAGUUUUUCGCCUGAUGGACGAUGGAUAGCGAGCGCCUCUGCCGACGCGACGAUCAAGAUUUGGGACGCGAAGACAGGCAGGCUGGAGCAUACCCUCGAAGGCCAUCUAGCGGGCAUAUCCACCAUUGCAUGGAGCCCGGACUCCACAACCCUAGCUUCCGGCUCCGACGAUAAGUCCAUCAGGUUGUGGGAUGUGGACAAGGUUGGCUGUCCAGUUCCGCACCCGGUGCCCCUCCUCGGCCACCACAACUACGUCUACUCACUCGCCUUCUCACCAAAAGGCAACAUGCUCGUCAGCGGCUCCUACGACGAAGCCGUCUUCAUCUGGGACAUCCGGUCCGCGCGGAUCAUGCGCUCGCUGCCCGCGCACUCCGAUCCGGUGGGCGGGGUGGACUUUGUGCGGGAUGGCACGCUGAUCGUGAGCUGCGCCGGCGACGGCUUGAUGCAACUGCUAACAUGUCUCUCCCACAGCCGCAUCUGGGACACCGCAACAGGCAUGUGCCUCCGCACCCUCAUCCACUCCGACAACGCCCCCGUCACCUCCGUCCGCUUCUCGCCCAACGGCAAAUACGUCCUCGCGUGGACGCUGGACUCGUCGGUGCGCCUGUGGAACUACGUCGAGGGCCGCUGCGUCAAGACGUAUCAGGGCCACAAGAACGAGCGGUUUAGUCUCGGUGGCGCGUUUGGCACAUACGGCGAUGUGGCGAACCCGCAUGCGUUUAUUGCGUCGGGGAGCGAGGACGGGAGUAUCUUUCUGUGGGAUGUGAGCUCAAAGAAUGUGCUGCAGAGGCUAGAGGGGCAUGAUGGCCCGGUUAUGGGCGUCCAUACGCAUCCGUCUGAGCGGAAGCUGGUUAGUGGGGGCUUGGACAAGACGGUUAGAGUUUGGGUGUCCGAUGACGCCGGCCCAGCAGAGGAGGAGAUUAGCGCAAAUGGUGUGAAUGGGCACCAGGAUCAUCCAGUUAAAGAGGAGACUUGA